AUGGCGUCAAUGCCAUUGUACGGGCAACCACCGCCACCACAACACACAGCCUCUGGUCAUUCCACAAUCGGCCCUUUUAUAGCCGUCCUCAUUGUUAUCACCGUCCUCUGCGUUCUUGCCUCCGUUAUUGGACGGCUUUGCUCUGGCAAAACCAUCAUGGGUUACGGCGACUACGAUAUGGAGCGAUGGGCAGAGAGUAGAUGCGGCUCUUGUAUCGACGGCCACAUCCUUCCUCACCGGCCCUCUCCGCCUCGUCGCACCUCCGCUGAAUCCGAGGGACACGUGGCAGAUCCAAACGAGACUGAUGGAGAGAAACAAGACUCUCGGGACCAUGAGCCUCCACCACAGACAUCAUCCUCAGCUCAUUCCUCAUAA